CAAAGUGUAGGCCCUGUUACGCCGAUACUUUAUCUGGAUGGUGGCGGCUUCCAAAGGGUCAUAUCUAUUUGGUCUGUUAUGUCUCCGGGUCGCGGGACGUGACGCAGCGGGGACCGGAGGUCUCGUCGGUCCAUUCUUCUCCACGAGCUCUCUCGUUAUUCUCUCCGUGACCUCGGAGAGGCCGCUGGCAUUCUCCACUUCGUCUAUCCAGCCGAGCCAUCUUUCUUGGUCUUCAGUAAUUCCACGCGCUCUCACUCGUGAGGCAGCCGUGUCACGGGCACUCAGCGGGGCGACGGGUUGGACCGCAGAUGGUGGCGAGCCCGAGGUAAGCGUCGAGGAAGCAGCGGCUGUGGCCGGCGUCACGCGCACUGGUCUUCUUGGUCUGGUGGACACCGGUCUUCUCAGUCUGGCAGCUACCCCGUUCGAAUCCGGGUCAUGUUGUGCCGGGUUAUUGGCCAGCGAUGAGGAAGAUGUCGGGCCCUGGGGGGGCAGCGAAGCCUGCCCCCGUAUCUGGUUAGGGGCUUGCUCCACCACCGUCGCGGGUUGGCCCGGUAUUGCAGUACCUCCGGGAUCGGCCCACUUCAAACAAAGAAUCAUAUAUGAUCAGAGGUCAGAAUGA